AUGCAAGCACCUUCUUUUAUAGAAGAUUUUCCUCACUCUCCACCUUCGGUUUCUAAUAGCAAUUUCAAUCGGUUCGGUUUGUUAAUGCAACAACAAACAGAUAAAACCUUUGCCGCAACUACUUCUAACAAUACUCCUUCAUUAAACUCAUCAAACUCAUCAAACUCACAAAAUUCAUCAAGCACGACGACACAACGGCCUGGUGUUGCGGCAAGUUUCUUGUAUAAACUGACUGAAAUAGCUGCCUAUGCUUACGCUUCCGCUAGCGAUACUUAUCAGACUGUGACGGCAGGUGGUGGAAAAGAAGAAAUACCUGUAAAAAAGAAUAGUGGAAGGGAGUAUCUUGACGAUGAUGUAAUGCAAAUCAAUGCCGAUGAUUCUGAUGAUCCUGAUAUUAACGAUGAUGAAUUAAGUGAUAAUGAUGUCGCACAAUGUAGUAAUAGCGUCGAGUCAAACAACCUUAAGAUGCGUAACGAUCUCGAUAAAAAGUCUCAAUGUUCAUGGAAUUCAAAUGAUGAUGAAGAACCUCCUCCACCGUAUGAUAGUUCAUGGACGAUGGUUGAGUCGACACCUGGUAAUUCUGUGAUUUCAAAUUUGUCUGAAUCCGCUGUACAUAAUGUGUCGGAUGCCUCCACACCAAUUUCCUCUCCAAAGCAAAUACAAUUUGCUACUCCCCAGGAUGACUCGACUCCACAAUCUUCUCCGGUUGAUUCUUCAUCUACUACUCCUACAUCUACUAAGCGUAAACAGAUUCGUGUACGUCGUCCUCGACGAUUGCUACGUCGUAAAUCUUCUUCAACCGACAUGACAAAUCAAUCUAGAUAUGAUGAUCAAGACGCGAUGUUAUUAAAAGUUAAUGAAAAGCUCGCUGAAAUGAUUUCACAGGGAAAAGAUGCCUUAAACAGCACUGUUAAUGUAACAGAAGUCGAAAUUAUGCUUGCCGAAGAAAAAGAAAGAGAAAAUCGUAUAAUGAAAGAACUCGGUCUUCAAUCUUCUACAACUCGUCGGCGAAGGUUGACGGGCUCCUCUUCAGAUUGUGAUUAUUUUAGUGGUUCAAAAUUCUCUGAGCCUAUUCAAGGUGCUCCCAUGCAAAAUGGUUUUCAUGUUGUGCCACAAACUGGUGGAUGUGAUCAUAUGAUGCCAAGAGGUUGUUUCAAUGGUCCAUUAUCUUCUGCUGGAUACGGAAAUGGAAAUUAUGGCCCAAAUGCUGGUUCAUGUGGGCAUAAUGUCGGUGGUUUUGUUCCAAAUCAGAACGGCUUCGGGGCAAAUUCUGGUCCCUUUGGUCCAAAUAUGAGUGGAUUCGUUCCAAAUGUAAAUGGAUACGGUCCAAAUGCAAACGGAUACGGUCCAAAUUCAAAUGGUUACAUGGGUUCAAAUUUAGGUGUUUAUGGGCCUAACGCAAAUGGUUACACGGGUUCAAAAGGUAGUUCCUCUGCACCAAAUGCUAAUGGCUAUGGGACUAACAUUCCUAAAGAAACGAAAAAUAUGGUGCUGACUCCCAAACUUACCAAUAAAAAAAUUAUAUCCAACACGGAUCAGAUCAAAACCUUUAGCGAUGAUUCUAACAAGGUUAACAUGUCACCUUCAAUAAAAUUAGAGGAAAUGAAUGACACAAUUUUAUUUGACGAAUGGUUGGCCAAUGAUCUUGAGAAUUUCCUAUCAAAGACCGAUGACUUUUUAUUCACCCCCAAGACCAUAAAUCACGACGUUUCACCUGUUGUAUCCUCUUCCAUGAAUAUCCCUUUGACAUUCAAUAAUAUUUCUAAUUCUCAUGAAUCUGAUUCCCCUCUCUUCACAUCUGAUUCUAAAUCCUUUUCAAAAAGUCCAUCUCUCGAUCCGGCUAAAAAGCUUUUCCCUGAUCUAUCGGAUGAUAACUCUACUUCGAAAUCAAUAGAUCACAAUUUAGCGUCAAGUGUGCCAGCAGUUGCUAUCACUGCAGAUGAUCAACUUUCGCUGCCUAUUUGCCAACCAGAUUAUACAUCUGCUUUGAACAUCCCUUGGGAGUCUGAUUCGAUCAAUACUUCAGAUUUUCUUUCAAAUAAAUCCUCUUCAUUUACUUCCACUUUGACAGAUAAUACAACCGAUCUCUCAUCUAAUGGCAUCGUGAAAGCGAAAACAUCUCCUACAGAUUCUAUUACGACCACAACAACUUCACCUACAGAAAGUGUCCCUACUUCACCGGUAACCAAAACUACAACUAAUAUUAGUCGUAAGCGCUCCGUUAACGAAAUUGAAAAGGAUCCAAAAACAAUCGCCGAAGAAUUAGCUAUUAAACGUGCAAAAAAUACUGAUGCAGCUAGAAGAAGUCGUCUUCGUAAAGUUUUAAAAAUGGAAUCAUUAGAAAAGCAAGUAAAUGAACUCAAAAUUGAAAAUAAAAAAUUUCAAACUCGUGUUGCUGUUUUAGAAAGUGAAAAGAAGGGAUUAAAAGAAAAGAAUAAUGACAAAGAUAAUAGAAUCAAAUUAUUGGAAAAACAAUUAGCUGAAUCACAUGAGAG